AUGGCUGCCACAAUCAAAACUAGAACCUACGAUGAUGCCGUCGGUCUUCUUAAUUCUCUUCAAACACCGUAUCAUAUCCUCAAGCAACGUCACGAUGCCGGAAUACGCAUUGACAAGACGGCAAAUGAAGAAAUGCGCAGGUGCCUGCAUCAUAUUGGAUACUCGCAACAAGAUCUAGAAAACCUCAACAUCGUUCACGUUGCAGGUACCAAAGGCAAAGGGUCAACAUGUGCCUAUGUCGAUUCCAUCUUGUCGCAAUAUCGCAAGUCACGUGGCGUCCCCAAGAACGUCGGACUCUUCACCUCCCCGCACCUCGUCGCUGUCCGAGAACGGAUACGUAUAGAUUCUGCUCCCAUUUCCGCAGAAGUUUUUGCGAAAUACUUCUUCGAUGUGUGGGACAAACUCGAGGCAGCCUCUGAGCACAAGCCCGUCUAUUUUCGCUACCUGACUCUUAUGAGCUACCAUGUCUUCCUCCAAGAAGGCGUCGAUGCAGCUGUCUAUGAGGUUGGCGUCGGAGGCGAGUAUGACUCUACGAAUAUUGUUGAUCGGCCUGCGGUUACUGGGAUUUCUACUUUGGGAAUUGAUCACACCUUCUCGCUAGGAGAUACCAUCGAAAGUAUCGCGUGGCAUAAAGCGGGUAUUCAGAAGAAAGAUGUGCCUUCUUUUACUGUUAGACAGAAUUCAGGUGCCUUGGAAGUUGUUGAAAGCCGAGCUGCUGAAAGAGGGGUCAAAUCUUUCACUGUACUAGACCUAGACUCGCGACUUCAAGGAGUCAGGAUUCGACCAGACGCAGAAUUCCAGAAGUCCAACGCAAGCUUAGCGAUUGCUCUGGCAGAUACUGUGCUUCAGAAGAUGGAUCCAAGUCAUGUCCUACCGGUAGACUCACUACCCAAAGAAUAUAUCGACGGGCUCGAGCAGGUAGUAUGGCGAGGACGAUGCGAGACGAAGGUGGAAGGUGAUAUUACAUGGUACUUGGACGGAGCUCAUACUGCAGAAAGCAUUAUGGUAGCCGCAAAAUGGUUUAGCCAAGAAUGUUCCAACAAAUCGGGAACUCGCGCUCUCAUUUUCAACCAGCAAGGUGACCGUAAAGCAAUCGAGCUUCUUGAAGGCCUUCACACAGCAAUCACUAAUGAAGGCACUGUGAAGUUUGACCACGUUAUAUUCUGCCCGGCUGUUUUGGGGGGGACGAGCACGAAAAGAGAUUUCGAUGACAAGGGUCGGGAUUCCACCGAUGUCUCGGAGCUCACUUUACAGAAGGCCUUUGCGGAGAAAUGGAAGGCAUUGGAUUCAUCAACGUCAACAACUAUCCAAGUUCUUCCCACCAUUGAAGAUGCGUUUAGGUAUGUGAGGAAAUUAAAAUCUGGUGAGAGUGGAAAUGAAGUAUCUACCCUGAUUACUGGGAGUGUGCGCUUGGUGGGUACCGCGUUGGCUGCCUUGGAGGAUGUGGAGGCUUUAUGA